CUUAAACCCUAUAAACUCUUCAACCGGAAUCGCUCUCUGUGCUCUCGCAUACAUAUCGGGAAAUCCACCGAGAUUCAGCGCAUUCUUAACUUCGAAAGCAAUUGAGAGAUGGAAAGUUCAAAAGCCCUUGAGCUGGGAGUACUUGCCCAACCAUUCUUGGGGAAUGUCGUCGAGAUUUGCAUCGUAACUCGGGACCAUCGAAAGACAAUGGACGGACUUCUCAAGCUCGGAAUUGGUCCAUUUCAAGUCCACAAUUUCUCUUCUGGGAAUGUCACAGACCAGACUUUUCGAUUUCAGCCAGCAGAUUUCGAGCUCAUCGUCUGUUUCGCAACUCAGGGCGCUGUCGUUUGGGAGAUAAUGCAGCCUCUCUCUGGUCCCUCACUCAUGGCCGAGUUUCUCGAGACUCGUGGCGAGGGAAUUCAUCACGUAGCUUUCGACUGCAAUCACGUCCCAGCCACUCAACGGAAAGCAGAGUUCGAAGGCAGGGGAUACAGCAUGGUUCAGUCUGGGCUGUGGCAUGGAAAGAAGGGAACCUGUAGAUUCAUGUUCUUCGAUACUGAAGAUGCAACUACAACAUGCUUUGAGUCUUACAGUUUUUCGGAGGAUUGGGAGGAUCCGGAGUCGACGGUGUGGUAUCCUGCAAACAGGUGAUUUCAGUUGGCUCUGACUCCUCAGUAGCAUACCUAGGUAGUCUGCUCUUCGAUCACGUUCGUCGAGUCUGUCGAGAGUCUCACAUAUUUUCUUCUCAACACCGUUAUAAAAAAAAACUUCAUACGAGUACUCAGGAAUAGAUUAUGCAAGGACGAAUUUUCUCGCCAAGAAUUUUCCACUUCAUUCGAGAGCCUCUCAUCGUGAAGCAUUAGCCUUCAAUGCGCCGCAAGCCGUGCCGAGAACCAAAAUCUUUCAAAGCACGAUUUGCGUGAGCAUGGAACGCCACUGUUAACGGCCCAGAGGUUCGAAGUUGAUUCACUCAAUCAUUGCUAAAUUCUUUAUACUACCUUCCUCUUUGGUAAAUCAUC